CGCGGCCAGACGCCCCCUGACGCAUCCUGACGCGCUCGGACGCGCUGAGACGCGCCGAGACGCGAGUUUCCCGUCGUUACAGUGCAGAUGCAGCCGCUGACGUCCUUUCUGCGGCGGCAGGUGGAGCAAGGGGCACUGCGCACGCCCCUGUUGCCCAGCGGCGAGCAGGCGCCACCUGCUGCCCACCACGCUGACGACACGACCCUCACGGCGCGCGACCCGGCGGUGGACGGGCCGGUCCUGAUGGCGGCAGUACAGCUGUUCUGCCGCGCGUCCAACACCCGUGUCCAUCCGGACAAGAGCAAGGCCAUGGGCCUUGGCAGGUUUGCGCACCUGACGGGCCCUUGCCCACACACGGGGGUGCCGUUUACCACUGGCGCCGUGACGCACCUGGGUGUGCCCCUGUCGUGGGACUCAGAUGCGGCUGCAGCUGACUUGUACACCCGGCGGGCUCGCGGCAUGGCGUUUGUGGCGCGUCUGUGGGCUGCCCUGUCUCUGACUCUCGUUGGCCGUGUGCACAUUGCAAAGCAGGUGCUGGCGGCAAAGCUGGCCUACCACUUCAGCUUCCUCAACCCGUCGCCUGCGCAGCUGAAGGAACUCACCGACCUGGUGGACCACUUUGCUGCGCCCUCCAUGCACGCUGAGGACGCCAGCCUGGUGUCGCAUGGGAACCCGCUCCUUUUUUUUUUUGAGGAAUCAUCCUUACAAGGUUGAACAGGGGCAGACGCGCUGCCCCCCUGCUGCCUGAAAACAGCCUGGUCCCCGAGACCAGAACCCUGACAGGGCAAGAAGAGAAGAAAAGAGAA